AGCAUAUGCCGUCAGCCUACUAAUGAGAUGCCUACAGCUGCCUCCCUCCUCUUCCAGACCUCCAUCUCCCCGUUCGCUUUCAUUAAGGCAUUCUUUGUUUAUCCAUCAUCCUUCCAGCAAAUUUCCCACCAUUUGGCUCCAUUUCUCAUUUAUAUUUUUUCUUCCCUGCCGUUUUACUCUCUGGAGCCCAUUUACUCUCUUUAUUGUCUUUGUAUCCGUUCGAACAUUCUACCUAUUCUCUAUUCUUCUCUUUUCACGAUUUUCAUUCCCACUGCGUAUCUAUACCAAUCUCUCCAUCUUUUACUUUCCAUAAUCAUUCUUCCCUCUAUCGCUUAGAAUCCACCAAUUUCCUUCCCCAAAUCUUUUAUCUGUUACCAUCUAUUUUUUGCAAUUUCUCAUCCCUUUUCAUUCUGCUUCUCCCCCUCCCACCAUCCUGCUUUUUCCUUUCUCCCUCCUGUCCUUUGCAGGCUGUGAUUCAGGGAGGGUACCGAAAUGUCUGCCAGCUGUGUCUCCUCCCUCUGAGCUGAACCCCUGGACCGUGAUUGGGAGGGAGAAUAUCUAGACGAUGCCCACAGGUACUGUUGUUGCAAGUCGUGCCUUCCCCAUGGCACCUGGAGAGCCCGAGAUAAAGAGCAGUACAUCUAUCAUCCCAUGCUUCCUGUUUGUAGAGUUGGUUCUCAUGGCUGGGACCGUCAUCCUCUCAUACCACUUUGAAUACACGGACACCUUCCCUGUUCACACGCAAGGAUUUUUCUGCUAUGAUUCGUCUUUAUCCAUGCCAUACCCAGGUCCUGAGAGUGCCAGCCGGGCACCACCACGCCUCUUAUACCCGCUGAUCACUGUCCUACCCAUCCUUACGAUCUUAAUAGGAGAGGUUUCCUCUGUCCUGAUCAAUCCUCAAUGGCGAAACAAAGAAAGGGUGAUCACAUGUGGUGACUGCUGCUUCUUCAACCCCCUACUGCGCCGUGUGGUCAGAAUCCUGGGCCUGUUCUCCUUUGGUCUGUUCUGCACGGUAAUCUUUGCUGGGGCCGUGCAGACUGUCACUGGUAACCAGACCCCGCACUUCCUGUCUGUGUGUCGCCCUAACUACACCGCUCUGGGCUGCGUAUCGCACAUCCAGUAUGUGUCAUCAGUAUAUGCUUGCACAGGAGACCCUGACCUUAUCACUGAAGCCCGCAAAGCUUUUCCCUCAAAACCUGCAGCACUGGGAGCCUAUGCGGCUGUUUACACCACGAUGUAUGUCACUCUUGUUCUGCGGGUGAAGGGAUCCCGACUGGUGAAACCCUCCCUUUGUCUGGCUUUGCUCUCCCCGUCCUGGCUUCUCUGCCUCUUACGUGUGGCUGAAUAUCGAAACCACUGGAGGGAUGUACUUGCCGGAACUAUCACUGGAUCAGCCAUAGCAGUUUUCCUGGUAACCUGCGUGUUGAAUAACUUUGGAAGCUCCGAUUCAAGACCUGAGGAAGAUGAAUUACCCCUGCAGGAGCCAGACGAAACCAUUGAUCCUGUACUGCACCAUAUUUCAACACAUGAAAAAGGCUUAAAGCUGCACCCGCAGAUGUCACUCGAUCCGCCACCUUGCCUCAUUCCUGUUACUCCAGAUGUCCUAAUACCCUCCAACUGUAUGACCAGCCAAGUGUAAAACCCUCUCACAGUCAGCGGAGGGAGAUGGCUGGGGCAGGGGUUUUUCCCAAUUCACCAUCACACUCCUAGGGUUCUAGAAGACUCUCCGGAGCAGUGUAACGUAUGCUGA